ACAUACACUGCGCAUUGCCAUUGCGGAGAUCUCUGCUGGAGCUUUGAGCUCUCGCCGCCAUUAUGGUUGCAAUCCGCGCAACAGAAUAAGGAUGAGCAGAUCUAUCCUGUAACCCAGUGUGGCUGCUCUUUCUGUGCUCGCCAUGGCAUACUUUCGGUGCAUCCACAAGCUAGGAGUAUUCGGUUCCUGACUGGAAGGAGCGAUGACGAGAAAGAUGAAGUCUCAGGAAAAAGGAAGACACGGUACAAGACGGGUUGCAGGCUCGGCGAAUGGUGGUUCUGUGGGCGCUGCGGCUCCGUCGGUGGGCUGGAUUUUGGGAAGCAG